AUGACCAACAACGAAAAUGCCAAAGAUGUGUCCGACAAGGGCGAUAUAUCGACAGAACAUGAUGAGACUGUCAUUGCAGAGCCUUGCUUUUUGCAGUCCAUCACCUACGGUCCCAGUGGCGUCCAAGGUCUUACUAGUUCUGCAUAUAUUUUCGGAGCUGCUGUCCUCGCAUCUCUGGGAGGCUUCUCCAUGGGCUACGAUAUGGGCGUGAUCAGUAUCAUCAACGUUAUGGAUCAAUUUCACCAAAAAUAUCCCUUUGCGAAAUCGGAUUUCGGAACCGAGUUGAUGACCGCAAUGCUGCUACUUGGGGCGUUCGUCGGGUGUCUAUUCAUGCCUUACAUGGCCGACAAAUAUUCUCGCAAAUGGGCAUUGACCGUCGUUGUUAUAAUAUUUGACAUCGGCGCCAUUUUUCAGACCGCAGCCCCCAAUUAUGCGUGUCUUGUUGUAGGGCGAUUCAUCGGUGGAGUAGGAGUGGGCACGCUUGCGAUGGGCGCACCUCUUUAUAUUUCAGAAAUUUCUCCUCCCAAUAUUCGCGGUACGCUGCUGGUACUCGAGUCUAUAUCCAUAACUUCUGGGGUUGUGAUAGCAUACUUUAUUACAUUCGGCACGAGAUAUCUGGCGGGAGAUGUAUCGUUCCGGCUGCCAUUUGGUCUACAAAUGAUUACUGCAACUCUUCUUGGUGCAGGAAUUCACCUCUUUCCAUACUCACCUCGCUGGUUGGCUCUAGCUAAUCGACAAGAAGACUGUCUGAAGAGCCUCACUAAAUUGCGUGGCUUACCUAGCACCGAUGAAAAGGUACAGGCUGAAUUCCACAGUAUUGUUGCCGAGGUUGCUUUCCAGAAUCUGGCCCAACAGAAGCGACAUCCAGGUAUCAGUGGCAUUAAACUCGAGAUCUUAUUAUGGAUGGACCUUUUUCGGCAACAGUCCUGGAGAAGAACGGCCGUUGCGGUCGGCAUUGCCUUUUUCCAACAAUUCUCGGGCAUCAACGCCUUCAUCUAUUACGCACCCACUCUCUUUACUUCUCUCGGGCAAUCUGCAGAGAUGUCCAAAAUACUAUCUGGAGUAUUUGAUGUCAUUCAGAUGGUCGCUGCACUAGUCUGCUUCCUAAUCAUUGAAAAGGUUGGUCGGCGGCCACUAGCAAUUUGGGGUGGAUUCGGUACAGCUGCCACAUAUACCAUCAUAGCGGUUUUAUCGGGCCUAUACUCGGAGAGCUGGCCAGAUCACAAGGCUGCUGGUUGGGGCUGUGUGGCGAUGGCGUUUCUUUUCAUCUGGAUAUACGGCCUGUCCUAUUCCCCGCUCGGAUGGGCGCUUCCCUCAGAGGUCUUCUCCACCACUAAUCGGUCGAAGGGCGUUGCAUUGUCCACAUGCACUAUUUGGCUGUCGGACUUUAUUGUGGGGAUAUCAACUCCAUCAAUGAUGGCAAAUAUUGGGUACGGCACUUAUAUCUUUUUUGCUGUCAUGUGCUUUUUAGCUGGCGUCUGGGCCUUCUUCUUGGUACCUGAGACGAGUGGCAAGACUUUGGAAGAACUUGAUGAAGUUUUUGGGGACACCAGUGGACAAGCAGAGAGGGAUCUCGUGGCGGAAUCUGUUUACCUCCCCCGAAAGGUGUCCAUCACUAUCCCGCCAGAUGGGGGGAUAUCUAGCUCUGCAGUAUAG